GAACGUAACCAAACAGCCCCUCCAGAAGGCCCCAAACUACGAACUUGCCACGGGCUUCCCAUUUUAGAGAGAGAAAAUCUAGAGAGAGAAUGGGAGAAAAAACCUAGAGAGAGAAAAACUAGAGAGAGAAAAUAGGGAGAUUUUAAGCUAGCAGAGCACAGAUCCUCUUGCGAUUCACAGCACUGCGCUCCCUCUUUUCAUGUUGAAUUCUCAUUUGGAUUUUGGACCUUCCAGUUUCUGGUAGCAUUUGCAACUGCAAUCUGUUUGUUUUUACCUAUCGGUUCUAAUUUUAGAGAGAGAAACUAGAGAGGUAGGGGGGGAUUUUUUUCCUCUCUCUUGCAUGGGUUGAUGACUCGAUAUUGAUCGACCGAUCGUCCGGGAGAUGGUGAAGCGGAAGGAGCGAACCCUAAAGGAGCUGUACAAUGUGACGCAGAUGAUUUCGGAGCCGGAGCAUUAUUUAUAUCGAUUUAGGAUGCUUUUUAGACCACUCCAGUCUUGAGAAGCUGUCACAUGCAAGGGCCUGUAGAUGAAACAGAUUGCAAUAAUUGGAUGAAUACGGUGCAAUCUCGUGUUGAAAGAGAAUUAAAUUGGUCUUCCAUGACUGGAAAAGUUCAGGCAAGAGUAGAGUCUGGGACUUGUAACGUGUGUUCCGCUCCUUGCUCAUCUUGUAUGCAUUUCAACCGAGCUCGCAUGGGGUCGAAUACUGAUGAGUCAUCUGAUGAAAUUUGUCGUGGAAAUGCUGCUAGUCAGUUUUCAGUGAAUGAGGUUAAUCGUUUACCUUCUUUCAUGAGAAGGGCUUGUGACAGCCUACAGCAUGCUACCAGUGAAACAAGCAACCCUUUCAGUGUCAAUUCAAGUCAUGAUUCUUUCUCUGAAAAUGCAGAAAGUAAAGCAAACUUUAGGUUUUUGGAUAUGUCUGAGGCAUCUGAAGAUGUUGAGAUGCUUCCAAAAUUGUCUGCUGGUGGAGCAGUUGUGGAAGAUCAGCUUCCUCUGAAACCAGAUUGCAUUUCUGAUCAGAGAACCUUCUCAAACAAAUAUGAGGAUUCAAAAGGAGAAGAAGGGCAUGACGAUAACAUUUCAUGCAUUAGUGGCACUAAUGACACAAAUAAAUCAGUUGGUUAUGUUAGCAGGAAUGAUGACAGAAAGAAUGUAGCAUGUAGUUCAGCUUCAGUUAGUUGUUUAGGUCUGGAAAGAUUUGGAAAAGUUAUUCAGUCCCAAACUGCUUCAGGCAGUCUAGAUAUUCAGUGUGACAUUGGAGAUAGCCACAAUAUGUGUAGGAGGCAGACUGGUUAUGCAGAAGAUUCAAUGCGGGAACUGCCUAUUAAUUUAUCAACUAAACUAAUAUCCCGGAAAUUGGAUUCAUCAGUGAUUCCUUCGCCAAAAUAUACAGAUGCUGGUAUGAGCUCCUCAAGGGUAUUAAGUCCUUGCUUUCAUUCCCGAAGUGGCAACUCUCCUUCCAGCAGCCCUAGUAUGAAGGAUUUGGAAGAGGAUCCAAUUUCUCAUCAUCAAGAAAAACUGCCUGAAUGCGCUGUAAAUCCUUUGAAUUCAUCAUUGACAGAAGGGGUGGCAUCUGAGAGCAUUUUUAGACAUAAAUCUGCUGCAAAUAAUUGUGCUGAAAUUGUUCAAGAUAGAGAAUGUACCCUUACUGGAGGCGGUUCUGACACUCCAAUAAAAAAUUAUUCUAAGCCAGUGUCAGAUACUAAAAAGAAUAGUGGGGAACCAUUGGAUGAAGCUUUGAAGUGUUCUGAUCAAAAUGAACAUGUUGAAAAGCUCAAUGAGUCAGUUGAGUUAUCUAAUAUGAAGGAUCCUACUUUACAAGCUGCAUCUGGGGAUGAGAGUGAUGAGUCGGACAUUGUGGAGCAUGAUGUAAAAGUUUGCGAUAUUUGUGGGGAUGCAGGUCGGGAAGAUUUACUUGCUAUAUGUAGUAGAUGCAGUGAUGGUGCAGAGCACACCUACUGUAUGCGAGAAAUGCUGGAUAAAGUUCCAGAAGGUGAUUGGUUGUGUGAAGAGUGCAAGUUUGCUGAGGAAACUGGAAACCAGACGCCAAAUAAACUUGAAACGGUGGAUGGAAAUGAAAAAAAUGAUACUGUACAUACUGAUCUUUUUGACCAGUUGGAUACUAAAGACUCAGAUGUAGAGGUUAAUAGAACUAACAAAGUUAAUUCAAGUUCACAAGUCACUGGCAAGAGAAAUUCUGACAAUUUUGAAGUUGCUCCAGCAGCCAAAAGGCAGGCUGUUGAGACAACCUUAGUUUCACCAAAGCCGUCUAGCCCCAGCAGACUAGGUUCAUUAUCUCGAGAUAGUUCGUUCAAAAGCUUAGAUAAGGGGAAAGUAAAGUCAGGCCAUCAAAUAUCCUCUGGUGCUCGUGCCAACAAUGAUGUUUUGGAAACUGUACGGUCUUGUACUGCAGCUUCACGUUUUCAAACACCUAGAGGUGUAUUAUUAAAAUCUAAUUCAUUCAGUACCUCAAACCUUCAACCAAAAGUUAAACCUUUUGAUGAAAAUCUUCCCCAAAAGCAGAAGGGGCCCAGAGAAUCUGCUACCAUUGACUUGAAGGAGGGGCCCACUAGAAUGAUAAGCAAAUCAAUGUCAUUUAAAGCUGCAACCUUGGGUCGUACAAAUGCUACUGAAGCAAAAGUUAAAAUGCUUUCUUCUAAAGUUUCUCAUGUCCAGGAUCAAAAAGGAUUCAGACAAAUGAAGGAGAGGAACAACCUUGAAAGAAAGAAUCCUUCUAAAUUAGAUCGCUCUCUGGUUAGCUCAAUAACUUCCAGUUCUACCGUCUCGAUACCAAAAGGGGACCAAAAGCUCAUUUCUCGUGGUGAAAUUAUUUUAAGCAACAACAGGGAUUUAAAGGCUGUGCAUUCUGAUGGAAAAUUAACCACUUUGUCAAAACAGAUGAGCAAUCCAAAUCGAAAGGGUUCAGAAAUUCCUCUUGUUUCAGUUGAAAUUAAGAAGCAGCCUUCAUGUGUACUUAAUGCAGUUGGAGCUACAUCUGCUAAUGGAACCAGCAGUUCUUCUGCUGAACAAAAGCUAAGUCAAGUUAGCCUUAAGGAUGAACCCUCACCAAGUUCUUCUUUGACUGCUGAGAGACCAUCCAAUAUUGUUAGUGGAAUUCUGCAAGAUGGGUUGCCUCAGUCACGGGAAUCAAUAAAUUUGGGGGAGAAAACGAGGGAUAAUUCUGGUAUUCGCUCCAGGUCGAGUAUUACAACUGGUGGGAAGGGUGUUUCUGGUCAAAAAAGUAAAGAAAUUGGUCAUGCUGCACAAUAUUCCACAAUUGGCAGUCCUCGGGUUUCUACCGUUGAUGUCUCUGCUGGAAAAGGUUCGAGAGAGGAGAUAAACAAAGGAAGUAAAUUGAGAGCUGCAAUUGAGGCAGCUAUGCUGAAAAAACCAGGAAUAUACCGGAAAAACAGAUUACCUGAUCAAUCUGAUGAGUUGUCCACAUCAAGCACAGACAUGAACCCUGCAACGGCUUCUCAGGAUCAAUUAUCAGGUCCAAGUAAAAAUGUGAUUUCUGGCGAAGGGAUACAUGAUCCACAUGCAAUUCCCCAGAUCUGUACUGCUAGCUCUUCUAAACAGCCUGCAAUUAGUGAUGUCAAGCAGUUCAAUGUGCACCUCACUGAGACUGAAUGUUCAUCCAGAGUGGGGGAUUGUGAUUCCAAUGCCCUUUCUGAUGGAAAGUUGACUAUUAAAGACUUGCCCAGCCAUGCUUCAGCAGGACUGGCUGUUCCUCUGAAGAUGCCUGCCAUUCCAGAGCAUGAAUACAUCUGGCAAGGGGCUUUUGAGGUGCGUAAAAGUGGAAAACUUCCAGACCUAUGUAAUGGAAUUCAAGCACAUUUAUCAACUUUUGCAUCACCAAAGGUUAUUGAAAUUGUGAGCAAGUUUACCCACAAAGUUCCUCUUGAUGAAGUACCUCGCUCAAGUACAUGGCCAUCCCAGUUUCAUGACAGCGGCACCAAGGAUGAUAAUAUUGCACUGUACUUUUUUGCUAAAGAUAUUGAGAGCUAUGAGAGGAGCUACAAAUGUCUGUUGGAAAGUAUGAUGAAGAAUGAUUUAGCUCUGAAAGGAAACUUUGAUGGUAUUGAACUCCUGAUAUUUCCAUCUAAUCGGCUUCCCGAAAAAUCCCAGCGUUGGAAUAUGUUAUUUUUCCUGUGGGGUGUAUUUAGAGGAAGAAGAGUGAAGUGUUUAGAUCAUACAUCUGGGUCUUUAAAUAAGCUUCACAUUCCCAGUUUGAAUGCAGUGCCCCAUGACAAAGACCCUCCUACUGCUGUCAUGUCUAUCUCCGAGAACCUAUGUACAGUUGGGCGUUUAGAUAAGGAUUCAUCUGAAUUGGAGAGGUCUGGAAGCGUAAGCAAAUCAUCAUUCAAUCCUGUUGCUGGGGUCAAGCUACCAAUUUUGUCAUCAUCUGAAAAAAUAAAUGGGGAUUGUGAUAUAAAAAUAUCUGACAUUGACCACAUACAUGUUGAUCUAGAAGAAAACGCAAGGCAGCCAUAUUGUGAACUUAACUCACACUCAUUGUCAAAGAGUCCAACUGGGAGUGCUCAAACAUGCCCAGAAAUAAGAUGCACGUCUGCUCCACUGGAGUCAGGACUGAUCCUCAAGCCUGUUGUUGACUUCUGGUUCGUGGAAGAACAGAGUUAUGCAGAAUGCAAACUGGAAGCUGAGCUCCAACAUUUUGUUACGGUGACUGGAGCAGUGAUGAGUGCAGGUAAGGAGGAAAUACUAGACAAAAAGGAAUGCAAAAUGAAAUUUGAGAAGAACUUGGAGGAUGAUGGGUUAAUGGACACACAAGCUGCUGAGCUUGAUGGUACCCAGACUCGGGUGGCAACCAUGAAAGAGCUUGAUGGUUUGCAGUUAAACCACAAGAAACGUCUGCGUCCGGAUUCGGCAGAGGUAGACUUGCAAUCUUCUUCUAAUGGUACAAUUCAAGCAAUGCCAUGGAAUGAUGCAAAUAGUGCAUUGGUCGAUGGAGGAAAUGCAAGCAAGAAACUGAAGACAGCCUUCAGUGAAAUGUAUGGAUGUAAUAGUACUAGAACCACUGGUUUUGUGGCUGAUCUAAAUGAGCCCGGGAAAAGUUCUCCUGAUGAGGGAAAGCAAUUUGGAACUUUUGAUGAAACAGCUAGCCCCGAGAACUCUGGAACUAGUGAAAGGCACUUCUUUCCCGUGGAUUCAUGUAACAUGGAAGAGACUCAGUUGGGGGACAUCUCCAUCCCUUGGAAAGUGCCGCUAUCAGCUGAUGAGGAUCAGCUUCAUGAUGGGUCCCCAAAUCUUGAGCUUGCUUUAGGUGCUGAAAAGAAACCGCGAAAGCGGGCAAUGGUGCCUUUUCUGGUUGGGAUAGUAGACAAGAAGAAUGAGCAAGACAAGCCUCCAGAUAUGCUGAUGCCCAAGGAAGACGAGGAUGAUGCUUCUGCCUCUCUUUCCCUUUCCCUUUCGUUCCCCUUUUCCGACAAGGAGCAGACCGUAAAACCUGUUUCAAAAACAGAGCAGCUCCUGCCUGAAAGGCACCAUGUGAAUACAUCUCUGCUCCUCUUUGGGGGCUUUCCUGAUGGCUAGAUAUGGGAUGAUGCUCACAUUUUGUACAUUGUCGUCGUGCACCCCAUGGAUGCGUGUAGUUAUAACACAGAUCAUGUAUGAUGAUCUUUGAUGGGUUUUAAAGGAGAAACCCUCCAUCUGUUCAUAACCUAAAUGGUAAUAAUAUUUUUUUCCUUUUUCAAAAGCAUUUAGAUUUUUUUUUUUUUUUUUGAGUGCACAGUCACAGUUGUCUGUAUAUAUUAAAGACAAUGAAAGCCAGCAGAGUUUUCGGUUCCCACAAGGGGUUUUUGGACCAUUGCAUGUCUAUUUAUAUAUUUAUUUUUUCCUUUC